AUGGAGAUAAACGUUAGAUGGCAGAUUCGCUGGCCACAUCAAGACUGGAGAGUUAUACUGACUUCGAGAAAUAAAACCCUGCAAUAUUAUGACACUUCCAAACAUUUCAACAGUAGACUUGAUUUUAGGCCUGAGGGCUUUGCUCUUCUCAUCAACAAGACGCAGAAGCAGGACACUGGCCUCUACCAACUGGAACUCACCUCAAGAAAUGGGGAUAAGAAGAACAUUGAGUUCCAGGUUUCCAUAUUCGAAUCUCUGCUUACAGACAAGGUGGAGAAGCCCCAGCUGCAGGGCCAGACAGAGAUCCUGCCUGGAGGGAAGUGCCGAGUGUUUCUGAACUGCUUGGUUUCCGGGGCUGACAACGUGAACUUUACUUGGCAUAGCGGGAGAGAGCAGAUCCAGGGGUGGAAAAAACAGACCUACCAGGAGGAGGUGGCUAUCAACAGCUCGCUGGUGUAUACUUGCAAUGUCAGCAAUGCAGUCAGCUGGGCAACCAGCACCCUCAACCUCACGCAAGACUGUCUGAAUCCCUCAGUAUUUGGCUCCCUGCCCCUUCUGAUAAUCUCCACGGUUGUCCCAGCCAUACUUGCCAUCCUCUUCGUCAUCUUCACUGUCUGCUUCUGUGUGCGGAAGAAGAAGAUGAAGCAGUCAGUCUCACCAGCUGGGCUGAUCCCCAAGAAGAGCCCAACCUUGUUGUAUUUGGUGUCUGAACAUGAGUUUUCAUAUCCCCAUAAGACCAAGCUGACCUUCCAGGGUCCCUCUGCUGGGGAAGGCUACGGGCGUGCCAGCUUGAGCAGCCAGCAGCAGACUUUUGGGGGUGAAAAACAAAAGGAAACUCUUUCCACAAUCACUAUCAGACUCUGGUACAAGGCUGAGAGCAAGUGA